ACUUUGGUAAAUAUUCGACUUAGCUUCACGUUAAUUGUCCGAUAAUCUUGUUUGCAGACUUGUAUAAAAAAACUUUUGAAGCUAACAUUAUGAUAAAAUAUUUGUGAAGAAAACGAUUGUCUGUGCAUGUAAUAAACUGUGGAGAAAAUGAUAGAAUCGACCGACAAGAAGUUACUUUAUAACACUGUGCUAUCACAAACAUUCUCACCCGAUGGAAAUUAUCUUCUAGCUGGCAAUAUUUAUGGGGACAUUUCAAUAUUUGAUCUUCCAAAGGCCUUAGGGCCUAACAAAGUAGAAGAGAAUGAUUUACAAGGACCUAGUUAUCGCUUUGCUGCACAUCCUGAUCAGGAAGUAGCAUGUAUGCUUUCUGUGGAGAAUUUUCUUGUGAUAGGAACACGUGGUGAAAUAUCAGGAUGGGACUGGAAAUUAGUUACAUCAAAUAAGGCUCCUAAGAGUAAAGUGUCAUGGAAUAUACAAAUUCCUGCUAAUAAAGACAAUUACGAUAAGCCAGACAUAAAUUAUAUGGUGUAUUCAAAAAUGAAUAAUUUACUAUACGUUGGUUGUGGUGAUAAUAACAUUUAUGUCAUAAAUUUAGAAAACAGAAAGAUUCUGAGAAGCAUGCAGGGUCAUACCGAUUACAUACACUGCCUUGCCAUGAUGGAUAAUCAGCUUGCAUCCUGUAGCGAGGAUGGUUCUGUAAGAUUAUGGGAUUUGCGCAAAAAGGAAAACACUAAUAUAAUAACGCCUCAUUUAAUAGACAAAGUCGCUCGACCACGGUUUGGAAAAUGGAUUGGUGCCGUUGAUUUUACAGAAGACUGGUUGCUAUGUGGUGGUGGACCUAGUUUAUCAUUGUGGCACAUGCGAACGAUGGAGGUAGCGACAGUUUUUGAUCUGGCUGAUCAAGGAAUCCAUGUAGCAGAGCUCUAUGAAGAACGCGUGAUUGCUGGGGGUACGACCGAUCAUGUUCAUCAUAUGACAUAUCAAGGUGAUAUUUUAGCCAAAGUACCCACUUCAAGUCUUACAGUCUAUAGUGUAGUGCAUCAAGAAACGCCACAUAAAGUACUUAGUGUUGCUGGUUCUUCAAAUUGUAUCGACAUUAGUACAAAUUACAAUUACCGCGAAAUGACACUCAAAUUUGCAUAA